AUGAAAGGAAGAGCUGUCAAGACGGACGGCGUUUGGUCAACCCAGCCCCCUUCCGUGGACCACUGGGCUAAAAUGAUGCAGUCCAAGGGCGAGCUCAUCAAGCUGUUCGUCUACAAGUAUGGUACUGCGAUAGCCAAGGCCGAAGAUCGCGAGAACUUCAUGAAUGCCUGCAUUCGGCCACUCAGCACCGAUCGAGCAGGUGCAGUAGCUGAGGCGUCUCUGCGCGAGGUUGUAGAACGGCUAGAUGAUCGAUGGGACGACAGCUUCGAUGGCGAAGCUGUAAUUUGGCGCAUGUGGGCUAACGAAGUCACACGCAACCUCGACCGCUCUACCUGGGAUGCUGCCAUUGCCUCACCACCUCCACAACGCAUUUUGAACCUCCUGAGAGCAAGCAACACGCGCAUGGAGGAACAUCUCGCUGGAAUGCGACGAUCAGCCCACACGGCGCUCGACUGUGUGAAUUCAGCUUUGGCCAACUACGCAGUGCUUCGGCAGGACCUAAGGGCGUUCAGCCUUCGCUUGGACAGUCAUGAAGCGGGGCUUGCAGCACGAAAAGCUGCAAUUGAAGCGUCAAUACGUGACAUGGAGCUGCCUGAUCAAAACGACAUCGCCAACCCAACGGAGCACAUGGAGAACCUUCGCGACUUCGAGCACGAACCUGUCGACCCCAGGAGCAGCAAGGACCCCACUAGCCCCGCCAGUUCCAAAAGCAACGAGAGUCACACGAGCGGCACCAGCUCCAACAGCAGCGAGAGUCACACGAGCCACCAGCAGCGAGUAUCGAGCUGGCUCCAGAGAUUCACGGUCGUGGGCCGCAACUUGCUCAGCAGUGCAGACGCCGAGGCGCUCGGCGAGGGCGCGGAGCUCCGAUACCAUCAGAGCCUGCGCCCCACGCAGAACCGCCUCGUGGUCAACUUGGACCUGGCGGCCACCGCCUUCGUGAAGGACAUGAGUGUCAUGGACUACCUGGGCGAGACGCUAGGCGUGAAGGUCAAUGUCCCACACCGCCCCGGGGUGAAACGCAGCUACCGCGUCAACGGUUUGUCGAAGGACAGUGCGGAGAACACCUUCUUCGAGGACGACGAGGGUCAGCGCAUGCCCAUUGUGCAGUAUUUCCAGAGGGCGUACAACAUCCAUCUGAGCUACCCGGAGCUGCCGUGUCUGCAUGUGGGUGCCCCGCAGAAGAACUAUCUGCCUCUGGAGCGGCCGGAAGAGCGCAAGCACGCGGUCGAGCAGAAGCUCUACGAAGCUGGAUUCGACACUGACCCGACCUUGCGAGCGUUUGGGCUGGAGGUGGACCCUAACAUGAAGUUCAACGCGCCGACGCAGCUCCAGUCGUGGGCGAUCUUCAAUGAACAAGCUUGGCAUGAGCUGUCCGAGGACGCCGCCCCCGGUUCUGUUGAAGCGGAGCCGACGGGACGCAGCAUGUUCCAAGAGGCCGUGACAGCGGCAAUGGAGACGUUCAAUUCGAAACCAGAGAUCGUGUGGAUGAUUAACCCCACGUCUGAUACCCGUGCGUACAAGGAGCUCAAGCUCAUGUCGGACACGGAGGCGGGGCUGGGCAUUGUCUCGCAGUGCAUGCUGGCCAAGCACAUCCUGUCGAAGCCCAAUGCCAAGUGCAACCUGCAGUAUAUCGCCAACAUGCUCAUGAAGGUCAACACGAAGCUGGGAGGCAAGAACGGGGUCAUCCGCGAUCCACCGCCGCAGGUAUCUCCACCUUCGCACACUAUCAUCUUUGGGGCGGACGUCACGCACCCCAGUCCGAUGGACAAGACUCGGCCGUCUAUUGCUGCGGUCACAGCCUCCAUGGACAACAACUUCAUCCACCACGCGUCUGCGAUUCGUGCGCAAGGCCACCGCGUCGAACAGAUUAUGAACCUCAAGGAGAUGACGAUGGAGCUGAUGAAGCGGUUCUACCGGUCGACGGGCGGUAAGCCCGACCGCAUUGUGUUCUACCGCGACGGGGUGAGCGAAGGCCAGUUCCUCAUGGUGCUGAAUCACGAAGUGACGGGCAUUCGUGAGGCCUGUCGAGCGUUGGAGAAGGACUACACGCCAUCAAUCACGUUCAUCGUCGUCCAGAAGCGCCACAGCACGCGCCUGUUUCCUAGCGACAGCAACGAAGCGGAUCGCAGCGGUAACGUCAAGAUUGGCUUCUCGGCGGACGACCUGCAGAGGCUCACCUACCAGCUGUGCUACACGUUCGCCCGGUGCACGCGCUCGGUGUCGAUGGUGCCGUCCGCGUACUACUCGCAUUUGGUGGCCUUCCGCGCUCGCUUGUUCCUGGUCGACGGAAGCGACACUGCUUCGAUUGCCUCCGGUUUCAGUGACACUACCCCGGAGACGGAUACGCGCAUGUAUGAUGUGCACCAGGCCAUGAAGGGCGUGAUGUACUUCGUGUAA